AUUGAUCACUACAAUGAGCACCAUGAGGCCAUCGAGCAACUGGCUGGCCAGCAGCGCAUAAACGGUUGGCUAAGCAUCGACUUGAAUCCGCUGAAAUAUGCACUAAUCAACCAUAUUUGUAAAUGGACGCACUUGUACAAACGCUGGCUGCUGCACUACGUGGAACGCACGCUAAAUGAGCUGACCAAAUUUAUCAGCCAUGGCUUAGCAAUUCUACAACUGCCGGUAGGUGUAAAGAGUUUUCGUCGUUUGCUGCGUGUUUUAGCUGUUAUGGCACAAAUUCGAAAGCAUGCCACUUAUGCAGAUAAUAUGUUUAAGCCCCUCAAGGAUAUUAUAGCUUUGCUGAAAGCAUAUAAUGUCCAAUUUGAUCAACAACUUUUGCGUAAAAUCGAUCAUUUGCCGCUGCAGUGGAAGCAUUUGAAGGAUGUUGCUGACGCCCGUUCGGAGGCUUUGGAGGACGCGCAACGCUAUCAACGUGAACGUGUUAAUGCCAUGAUUGCCAUAUAUAUGUGUCACUUACACAAUUAUGCUAAACAAUUUCCACGCUUGCCGUUCUUUUACGUUCCGUGCCACAAUGUGUACAACCAGUGCGAUAGAGUUUGUGCGCGCUUAAAUUACUUUGCUACGCUUCAUCGCCGCUAUCUUCACUAUGCUGCUCUUCUGGGUAUUGACGCUGCAGAUCCAACAGCAUUGCAACUGUGUGCCGCUGAAGUAAAACGCAUCAAGCAACUAUGGGACUACGUUUACGUCAUUGAAUCGUGUAUAGUUGAAUGGCAUACUACAGCGUGGCAUAACAUCGACACUGAUGAAUUGGAAACAGAAUGCAAAAAAUUUACGCGCGAUCUACGCACGCUGGAUAAAUGCAUACGCGAUUGGGCGCCCUACGUUUACAUAGUCGAUAUCCUCAAGGAGUUGAUGGCAUCAUUGCGCGCCAUCACUGAGCUACAAAAUCCAGCUAUAAGCGAACGCCAUUGGCUUGAGUUGAUGCAGGCGACCAAG